CACCAGAGUUCCAAGAGCAUCGCAGACCAGAGGAAGACUUUACACUCGUGUUCCUCAGACCUGACUUCAGCCCUGGUUCCUUUCAGCAGCUGGGCUUUGACUUCACGUUUCCUGUCUCGGAGUGUCCUCUCAUCUUUGUGUGUUUUUCAAAGUGUGUCGUCACACAAUAAGUGUGUUUGUUCUGAACAUCAGCUGCUCGAGCUCCAUCUCCUGCAAUGUUUCCAGAGGCGAACAAAGGACUGUGGUUCAACCUGUCUGUCUCCUGAUGUCCUCAGCUACAGCUACGAGGACUGUAAGGCCACUGCUGAUUGGCUGCUGGCCCAGACGGACGUGCGCCCCACGGUGGGCAUCGUGUGCGGGUCGGGCCUGGGGGGGCUGGCUGACAUGCUGAAGGACCAGGUCGCCUUCAACUACAAGGACAUCCCCAACUUCCCCCAGAGCACUGUGCACGGACACGCAGGGCGGCUGGUGUUCGGCACGUUGAGGGGGAGGCCGUGUGUCUGCAUGCAGGGCCGCUUCCACCUGUACGAGGGCUACCCCAUCCAGAAGAUCACGCUGCCCAUGAGGAUCUUCAAGCUGCUUGGCGUGAACACGGUGAUGCUGACCAACGCGGCCGGGGGCCUGAACCAGGACUUCAAAGUGGGGGACAUCAUGAUCAUCAAAGACCACCUCAACAUGCCCGGCUUCGCUGGCAACAACCCGCUGGCCGGACCCAACGACGAGAGGUUCGGGGUUCGAUUCCCGUGCAUGUCGGACGCGUACGACCGGGAGCUGCAGCAGCUGGCCCUGGACGUGGGCCAGGAGCUGGGCUACGGGGACUUCCUGAAGGAGGGCGUGUACUGCGUGCUGGGCGGACCCUCGUUUGAAACCAUCGCUGAGGUCCGGAUGCUGCACCGACUGGGAGCUGACGCUGUGGGCAUGAGCACCGCCCCCGAGGUGAUCGUGGCCCGUCACUGCGGCAUGCGCGUCUUCGCCCUCUCGCUGAUCACCAACAAGGCGGUGAUGGACUACGACAGCGAGGAGAAGGCCAACCACGAGGAGGUGCUGCACAUCGGCAAGCAGCGGGCGGAGCAGCUGGAGCGGCUGGUCUCCACCAUGGUCACCAGGAUGGAGCACAACAACGACUGCGUCUAGGAGGCGCCGCCGCUCACCGGGCGAGGAACUAGGUCCUGGUCCAGACCAAGGAGACUUUAAAGAGCUGGGAACUCGGUGUGAGGACAGACGAGGCUCCACAGACGUCCUCUGAAGACGCCGCGUGUUCGAGUCCCUUCAGACGCCGGGGGUUCCUCUGCUGAGCGCCUCCUGGUGGAGGAACCUCCUCUCUGAGGGGUUUGGGUCAUUUUAAAUGUUUUGUUCUAACUUAAUGUGCGAUCGGUGUAAAUGUCUGUGAUUUAACUUAAUGAGCCCGAAUCUUCUGUAAAGAUAUUAAUAUGAUGUUGAAAUGUGUACAUUGAAAGAUUUGUGGUAUUGUACUGUGCUUGUUUUUUAUAAUAAGAACAUUGUUACUAAAUAUUUAUUACCAGGUUACGUUUCCUUGUGUCGUUAAUUGAUUUACUCAAGUUUCAAGAUGAAAGAUGUUCUCAGCUUUGACUUCAGCUUUGAGUAAAAAUAUAAAGAUGUUCCGUCUCACACAAACCUCUGAUUCACGAGAUGCUUAUCUUAUAUUAUAUUACAUUUACAUAUCUUCAUCUGGAAACAUCAAGAUCCAGGAACUCUUCCCCCGGAAAACAUCCUCAAAUCUCAUAUCUGGUAUCUCGUGACUUCACUAAAGAAAGUUGAACUACAACGAGUACACACAAAACUAAAGUCUAUUUUUUAUUGCUUUUCCUAUGUGUGUUGUAUUUAUUGCGUUUUAUGUUUCUAUGUUCAUUGUCUGCACCAAUAACCAGAGCAAAGUCCUUGUAGGUGUAAACCUACUUGCCAAUAAAAAUAUUUCUGAUUCUGA